UAAACGAAUGGACUUGGUUUGCCAGAGAAUGUUAAAUCAGGGAUUUCUGAAAGUGGAAAGGUACCACAACUUGUGUCAAAAGCAAGUCAAAGCUCAACUUCCAAGACGGGAGUCAGAAAGGAGAAACCAUUCAUUAGCUCGCCAUGCAGACAUCCUCGCUGCUGUAGAAACGAGACUCUCUCUCUUAAAUAUGACUUUCAUGAAGUAUGUGGAUUCCAAUCUCUGUUGCUUCAUACCUGGAAAGGUAAUAGAUGAAAUUUAUCGAGUGCUAAGAUAUGUAAACUCUACAAGAGCUCCUCAGAGAGCUCAUGAAGUUCUUCAAGAACUAAGGGACAUUUCCUCCAUGGCUAUGGAAUAUUUUGAUGAGAAGAUUGUUCCAAUACUGAAAAGAAAGAUGCCUGGGUCAGAUGUAUCGGGACGUCUAAUAGGAACUGCCCCAGUUCCAGGGCCUUCUGCAGCGCUGACAACAAUGCAGCUGUUCUCCAAGCAGAGCCCUUCCAGGCAGGAAGUCACCAAGCUGCAGCAGCAGGUGAAAGCCAACGGCACGGGCCUGACGGCGCUAAAGCGGGAGAUCUCGGAGCUGCGCGUCAAGGUGCAGGAGCAGCAGAAGCAGCUCCAGGAUCAAGACCAGAAACUGCUUGAGCAAACCCAAAUCAUUGGGGAGCAGAACGCCCGCUUGGCCGAGCUGGAGCGCAAGCUGCGAGAGGUGAUGGAGAGCACAGUAGGGAAUUCCUCGGCUUCCGGCUCAAAUGAACAAUCUCCCAGGAAACGGAGGAAGGCCGUGGAUUCCACAGACUGUCCUAGGAAAUCUAAACGCCUUCGGAGCAGAAAAUAACUGGGGAGGAAAUGGCGCCUUCAGGAGGAUACACUGCUCUAGUAGCCCAAGCAGGCCUGCUUGUUUGGAUACUGUGACCAGCUUCAUGGUGUCACUUAGGCUGCUGGCUCUUCAAAACACCACUUAGACUUGAACAGUAAUUUUCUUUCAUCGACUUUUCCCCUGCUUUCUAUAUGGGUGGGCCUAAUGCACAGAAUCUUUAAGAUUUGCAAUAGCUACAUACUAACCAGACCUGCUCUGUUAUGUUUUGAAGGGUUAACCUUUUUUUCCGUGCAGAUGUGUUUAAAGUAAACUUAUUUGUGUUUAUGCAUAUGUUCACAUGAAAUCUUAAAUAAAUUGUCUUAACUGACUAAAUGGUUAAGAGUAAAAACAGAUGUCCUGCUCACUUGAAGGAAAGAUCCACUUUUAAGACCUUGUUUCUGAGAACUUGACCUUUUUUGUUACAAGUGACCUUGUCUGGAAUGUCUGAAAAGUAGUUAAUACUUUUUGGGGUUCUCUGUAAUGAGUAAAACUGACUUCUUAAGCUACAGUAUUGGCUAUAUAUUUUUGUAAACUUCCAUGGAAGAGCCUUCUGUCCAGUCUUCACAUGCACACACCCUGGUUCUAGGUCUGGGGAGCCAUAUUCUACAUUUGCAUGGAUAGAUGCAUGUACAGCUUAGUCAGCCUGCCAAAAGCACUUGCCUGACUUGCCUGAAACUGUUCCAAACUCUGGGAGAGAGCACAGAGACGUGUCAAGCAAUUCCUUUGUUCCUCAGCCAUAACUGAGUCUCUGCUUUCAGCACAGCAGCUUCCUUGCAGCAAGGUGAUCUGGGGAGGUGAGCAGCAGGAGCAUUUGAGCCGGGGCUGUGUGGCUGCCCCUCGCCCUGCCUGGAAGGCAGGGAUUUACUUUUAGCCAAAGCUGGAGAAUGGAGAGGCUGCCUGUGCAUCGCUUGGGUCAUAGGCCAGCGCCGAACACCUGCAAAUUCUCCCUGGAGUCACCAAGCUCUGGGAACAUCAUUUGAGUGAAAUGCUGUAUUAUGGGAAAACUUAAACUAUUUUGUGUGUCUGUGUUGGGGUUAGGGCAGAAAUUUCUCUGUAACAGUGAUGACAAUAUUCUAAGCUUUCCUUAUCCUAAAAGGUAAAUCACUUCAGACUUCACUGAAAAGGUAAACCACUUCAGAGCUUUAAUUUCUUUUGCACUUCUGUUUUGAGCUUGUAACUGGAAAAGCAUGUCUUGCACUGUUCAGUCUCUCUGGUCACUUUAACCACCUCAGAGUUGUGUACAGUGAUUAAUUCCCUCCCUGCCAUCUGUAUAUUUUUGGAAUCUUACAUAAAUACCAUUGUCCUUGUUUUUGUUUUAAUGUACUAAACUAUGUAGCUUUAUAAUUUGACUUACGUUUUCUUUUUUUAACCAUCUGCUCCUUAGUCUUUAGGUGGUUCUUAAUUCAACUUGGUAUGACACUGAAAAUGCAAAUGCUGCAUUUGUAGCUGUUCACAAUCUUGAUGUUACUGCUGUGGGUUAAAGUUCAGGUUCACUCUGUAUGGCUGUCAGCAUAACCUAGUGGUUGAAUUUAAAGCACCAAACAAAUCCGAACUUGUCUGGUCAGA